CUGAGCCUCCCCACUCUGCCAUCUGCCAGUUCCCCUUCCUGCGUCGCUCACCGCCAGUUCAUCGUGGCCGAGGGUAACCUCCAUUAUGCUUCUGUAGCUCGCACCAGUCGCGCCGUCUCUUUGUUGUCUCUCACUCUCUCGUCCGCCGUCAACCCCUGCCUCCCCGCCCCGUCGUAUUCCAGCAUCCGCGUCUUCUAUUCCUCGCUCAUUGUUCGAUGCCUGGCUCUCAGAUAG